AAGAGUUGAGUGAGUGACACUGCUGACAUCUUCAACUUUAACAUCAUAUUCAUAGCAUCCCAUCUCCAUUUCUCUUAAUCAACGAUCAUCAUAUUCAUGAAGUCACCCAAACAUCCGCCCGAAUUAUCCGACCGUCAAGCAAAGGCCGUUGUCGUUCAGCCUUCCUCCCCGCGAUUCCCGCUAUCUUUCACCGGUUCUCACAGAAAAGUCGGAAUCGCUGUCGAUCUAAGCGACGAGAGCGCUUUCGCCGUCGAAUGGGCCGUACAGAACUAUCUACGUCCAGAUGACAACGUCAUCCUCCUGCACGUGCGUCCCACGAGCAUCCUCUACGGUGCGGAUUGGGGCGCGAUCGAUCUUUCGUUGGAAUUGACGGACUCUGAAGAGUCGCAACAGAAGCUGGAAGAUGAUUUCGACUUGUUCACGAAUACGAAAGCUAACGAUCUGGCGCAGCCGUUAGUGGAGGCGCAAAUUCCGUUUAAGAUCCACAUAGUGAAGGACCAUGACAUGAAGGAGAGGCUGUGUUUGGAGGUGGAGAGGUUGGGAUUGAGUGCAGUGAUUAUGGGAAGCCGAGGUUUUGGAGCUGCGAAGAAGAGUAGUAAGAGUAGGUUGGGGAGUGUGAGUGACUAUUGCGUGCAUCACUGUGUUUGUCCGGUGAUUGUGGUUAGAUUUUCUGAUGAGAAAGAUGGAGGUGAUAAUGUUGGUGAUGGAGUCAAUGAUCUUCAUCCGGUUGUGGAAGAGGAUGAACAGGAGUAUCAUGAUGCUUCUGAUAAGCACACAGAUACGGAGAAGGCUUCGUGAGCAGAUGCAAGGUAGGGAAUGUUGAGGCAUUCAGAGUUGAAGGGUCCUUGUUGGUGUGUUAACAGGUUGUGUGAAAGAGUUUGGUGGUACUGGCUUCUGUCUUUACAUUUGUGUGGUGCCUUGGAUAUUUAUGAAGUUUGGAUAAUGAAUUGUCUUUGGUUUCAUCUCGGUCGCUUAAUGUACUUAGGUUGUACCCCCUUUUUUAUCCUGUCAUUAGAAUUUUCUGUUGGAAACCUUUUCAGUGGUUUGCAACGGUAAUUUUACAUAUGAGAUAUGUAUAUAUAGAACUGUUUGUAAUGUCUUGGAAGUAAAUGCGUGGUCCUUUGAGUAUGAA